GGAAUCUCCGCUCUCGCGUGCGCACACGCACCCGUACACACGCGCGCACACGGGUACACGCUGAAUCACAUGGAGCGAGUCUGACAAAUCUAUGUUUCAUGUGUCAGCUGCAGGGGUGAACACCAGGCGUGGAGGAAUCUUUUGCUUAAAUCUGGUCUGCCAGCUGGAAAAGAGUCGAGUUUCGAUAGGUGGUGACUAGGGAGCCUCCCCAGCAUGCACGCACAGCAUGUCUUCUGUCUCCGUUUCCUCCCGUGAACUCCACACACAAGAAAUGAAAGGAAGGCUUAAGUGAAGCUUUCUUCUCCAGCUUCUUGUUCGUUAAUGGAGUUCCGGCAGGGCAGCGGUGAUUACUGCCACGCCCAACAUCGCAUCGCUUGAUCACGGGUGGACAUGCCCGAAAUCUGCCACUGAAUGUUCAGAGAUACGCCUUCUCUGCUUUUCUCUUGCUGGUCUUUCUGACUGACCACUUUGCUGUGCGCCAAAUGGGUUAAUUGGCAUCGUGGCACCUGGCAUUUAGCUACCAGACUCUGUUCCACCCAUCUAGCUGCCCCGCAGAGUGUCCCUAUCAAGAGGACAGGGAAGACGCUUGUCGCCUCGAUUUACCAAGAAAGGCAGCUUUCAGAUUUACGUACUGAUUAGUAGUGAUUUGUCACAGAGGAUCCUGCAAAUCCCUGACACUUUCACUGUGAUAGUGCAUCUGCUGUAAAACUGCUCUAGGUCAGAGUAGUGCCAUACUGUGAGUGGAGCUGUGUGGAUCCUGGCCCGGAUUGGGUGCUCUUUUCUUCUGUAGUGUGGAGGGACACCAGCAUGGCCAGGAUGAACCGUCCGGCUCCUGUCGAGGUCUGCUACAAAAACAUGCGCUUCCUCAUCACGCACAACCCAACCAAUGCAUCACUAAGCAGCUUCAUUGAGGAUCUGAAGAAGUAUGGGGCAACAACAGUGGUGCGUGUGUGUGAAAUCACCUACGAUAAGACACCGCUGGAAAAGGAUGGGAUUACUGUUAUGGAUUGGCCUUUCGAUGACGGCGCACCUCCUCCUACCAAGAUCGUGGAUGAUUGGCUUAGUCUGCUGAAGAAUAAAUUCUGUGAGGAUCCAGGCUGCUGUGUGGCUGUGCACUGUGUCGCUGGACUGGGCCGGGCUCCAGUGCUGGUGGCUCUGGCACUUAUAGAGAGUGGAAUGAAAUAUGAGGACGCCAUUCAGUUGAUCAGACAGAAACGCCGGGGCGCAAUCAACAGCAAGCAACUGACGUACCUGGAGAAGUACCGCCCCAAACAGAGACUGCGUUUCAAAGACCCUCACAACCACAAAAGCAAGUGCUGCCUCAUGUGAUCCGGUCUCACCAGCCUGCCACUGAAGGAACCAUUCACUCAUGGACUAAACCAGACUAAAAUUGCCAAUCUAGUGCAUUUGAACUCUUGCUACAAUUCAGGAGGGGGAAUUCAACCCCCUUUUGGUGUACAUGUCAGACCCCUGCACACAGGGUCUUCACCAGCUCAGGGCUGUUAAAGACGAGCCUCUUGAAUUUUGUCUUUACACACAAUCCCCCCCACAUCCUCACGGUGUUCACAAAUCUAUUGUGAACAGCUAACAUAAGCCCGAUGCACACACUUGUGCUACCAGCCGUCACACUUUACCAGCAGCACACAGUCCAAAGAUGAUGGCCACCAAGCCGCCUGCUCAUAGAACUCAAUCACUGCUGUUAUUGCUCAUGCUUUUGUAUGAAACUGCUUGACUACCCUGUUCUUUCUCUUUUGUAAUUUUGACAUUUCAGAAUGCAUGUCGCUGUAAUUUUAUUUUUGUUUUUUUGAAGGUUGCGUGUGGCCUAACCUAGCUUUUUUUUUUUUUUUUUUUUUUUUUUUUUUUUUUUCCUCCUCCCUAUGUUGUAUCAUGGAUUCAUUUUUUUUUUUGCACCACUGGCUGCUUAUUAAUAGAACUGUGGGCACCUGGAUGGAUAACCGCACACUUUGACCUGACUUCCAGGUUUCUGGAUGUUUUAGCUGCUUUGAAAUCAGGUUUAAGCUCAUAAAAAAAAAAAAAAGAAAUGAAGCUAAUCUGAUACACUUCUGUACCACUGAAUUGCAGCAGUGAUCUCGGACAAAUUCAGGAGUAAGCACAAUUGUAGCUCAUUAGUUCUGUUUUAAAUUAACACAGCAGCCACAAGAGGGAGUUGUCACAUAAUGCAUUUCAUAUGAAUUUUUAUUUUUUUGGACUUGCCUGUGUUUUUUGUUUUUGUUUUUUUGCUAUUUGCACGCAGUGCUCAUGCGUGACUUUCUCACUGACAUAGCUGUACUGUGGACACGCUUAUUGUGGAACUUGAGAAGGAACUUUUCGGAGUGAGGCCUAAAAUAUUUAGUUAUUUCUAUGUUGUAGGAAAUGAAAUGGAAUUGCAGGAUCUCUGCCUAAGGAAUGAAGGAAUAAAAGGUAAUGAAUCUAUGUCAGGUACUGACAUGAUCUCGCAUGCAUCGUCAACCUGCUAAUAUGAAAUGCAUAAGACCUUGGAUCUGGGAUGGCGACAUAUUUCUCUGCCUUUGAAAUCCGAAGCAAAUAUUAAGGAAAUAUCUAAUUAAAGAGGUUAUUUGCUUAAUUGUGACUGUGAAAAGGAUAAGCAAAUACUUGUUUCAUGGAUUAAGGUUACAUUUGCAGAUUAUUAUAUUCAUUUGGGCUCAUGAUUACCUACAAAAGCAACGGCUGGAAAACAGACAUAUUUAAAGUUAAGCUCACUUCAAUUUAGAGCUGAGCUUUUAGACAGGAGAUCAAGCGUUUAUCAAGUUUGCAUUUCUGGUUUUACAGUGGGUCCCAUUUAAAGAAAAAAGGUAUGAAUAAAGCAGCUCAGUGUUGCUCAGAUAUAUAAGGGCUUCUCACGUACUGUUUAGUCACUUUUAUUACUGUUGAGUGUCUGCAUUUACAAAUCUGGAAUGUUUUGAUGAAUUGUGGCCUCAAUAAAUGUAAUGGUUCAUCUUGGAAUGUCUCUGGAAACCGAUGCGAUCAGCAAAAGAACAAUCAACGGUAACAUUUUCAGGAAUAUAUUUAGACAUCAUCGUUAGUCCUGCUUUUGUGAUGAAGGAUGGUGCAAGACUACACCCCAGGUCUCAAGUUUAUCCUGACCUCGUGGUACUGAAGACCAAGACAUCCACGAGAAUGCUGUUCGAACAAAAUAAGAAACUGAAUGAUACAGUGUCAGAAUAAAAAAAUCGUUUCUGUAACUACACCGCGACUCCAUAGAAAGAUUCACUGAUCCACUGGUUUCCUGAUCAUAUCUGAAGUGGCCUCUUUGAUAUUAACAUAUUGUAUUACACGUUUUUGUUAAACAGUGAUACAUUAAUGAUCUAUUAUUCCCUGUUCAUAUUUAAAGUGAUUGACAUUAUUGUAUUAUUCAUAAUUUUUCAAUGCCAAACAAAAAGUUAAUUGAUGUACAUAUUGCUCUUUUAUGAAAUUGGAACAGAUAUUAAGUCUGAAAUGUGGAUUAAUUACAAAUUAAUAAAAACCUGUUAUUUCUCACGCGCA